AAGUUUAUUUUUUUAUUCAGGAGUUCGUUGGAGACAUGCCAUAUGAGCGUCAUAUCAAGAUACGAAAAAUAAGGAGGUUCAAUCUGCCCACAAGAUCGUUCUUUUCGUAACAGACGAAAGAGGUUUCAGAACAAGCGAAAAUGGGUCGCGGUUUUGGUAAUUUGGCCAAUGUGAGGGGUAUUAUCACCUACACCCUCUCCCCAUUUGAGCAGAGAGCAUUUGCUGGGGCUAUUUCUAAAGGGGUGCCUAACAUGUGGAGGAGGUUUUCAAGCCAAGUUCUCAAAGUCGUACCUCCCCUUGUUGUGACAUAUCUGAUCUUUGACUGGGGAAAAUCAGAACACAUGCGGCUCACAAGGAAGGACCCAACAGAAUUUGUCAAUGACAAAUAAGUGUGCAUAUUUAUGGAAACUAUAGAACAUCUUAUUGGCCAUUUGAAGAGGAAUAGUUGCUUUUAUGGCCUGUGCAUCACUGAGAUAUGUCACGAAUGUCUAAAUCUUGGAUGGAAGUGGAAUGGGCUUAGAGAAACUGAAGAUGUGAUGUUUUGUUUGUCAGUAAAUUGAAACCUGUUCUUAAUAAAAACCAUUCUUAGUGUU